GUACGUAAAAAGCUCUGGGAGACGCCAGGGACACUAAUCUCCGAUGGGGAUUACCCUACCUUUUUUUAGGCAACUGUUAAACUGCUAAGCAUCGGUCGCAAAGAAUCAAAUGUCAAACGGAGCAGAUUAGUUCAGUCACUCUCUGAUUUCCUGCAAUUCUUCUAAUUUUUUUUCCUCUGUCGUUCAAAUUUUCACAACAGGUUGCAAACGGUUGCUUCCUAUUCCAUUCCCCUUUGCAGGGGGACGCGAUGCCCUGCCUGCACGCGGAGUCGUUAGGUUCACUGUCUGCUGAAGGCGAUUACCAAUCAAGGACGGAUUCUGUAGCUUCAUUCAGUUCUACAAGUGGAAAAGAAGAACAACGCGACGCAGCAGGGUGGGUUGCUGGAGAGACAUUUGUCACUAGCGCAGGCUGGAUCUUUUCACCCCUGUGGAGCCAGCGCGCUCAAUCGCGGUUCUUUGGGUUUCGUGAAGGUAUUGGGAGCGAUACAGUUGGAGCUCUGCUUGACGGUCACUCUGAUUUUGCGCGCUCCUAUUUCUUACGAAGGACAUCAAGGGAUAUGGCGAAUGGCUCAUCCUCAGGGAAGUCUUCGCGGAGCUCAAAAGAAGGGGCUCGGUCUAAGAAGGAUGUCCAUUCAAGCACACCACAGCUGUGCCGGCGGAGGGAAUCGCACCCACUGUGUAGCCCUAGCAGGAGGAGGUUUUCUGGGUCUUACCUUGAAAGCUCGCCAUCCAAUGUCCCCUCGGUGGACUGGGGCAAUUUCCUGACUCUUGAAAUGGGCGCUCAUCCUCCAGGGUCACCAUGCUCUCCGCGGUCCCCACGAUCUCGAAGAUCUUCGCUCUCAUCUCAUUCCAUGCGGCCACCGUUGUCCCCCCGUUUGUCGCGGUCCCCCAGACGGGCUGGUCCGUGUGGACGUCGUGCAUCCUGCGACUGGAUGGUGGAGAUGAUGGGGGGUGGCGCCCCAUGUCGCCAGGGUCUGUCAGAGGUCUGCAACAAGGUCUUACAGCACGUGAGCAAAGCCAUGGCUGCAGACCAGUGCUCCUUUGCUCUGGUCACAGAUGACAGGGCCGGAGGGAGAGGCCUCAGUGGUGUGGUCUUUCGUUCAUACAAGGAGGACUCCCAUGGCCAGGGUCAACUUUCCUGGGAAAAAAGCAUCAUGGAACAUGUUGUAGCAACUGGGAAGUCACUCAAUAUCAAGAAUGUCUUUGAGGAUGCCAGGUUCAGUCCUGAAGUGGAUGACCUAUCUGGAUUCAGGCCUAAGAGCAUCUUGAGUCUGCCUGUUUACAACCCCAGAGAGGAGCUUGUAGGUGUUGCCAUAGCGAUCAACAAGACAGCUGCUGCCGGUAUAAACUAUGGCCAGUUCUUUUUCUCUGAGGAAGAUGAGAAGGUUAUGACAACUCACAUGGCGAUGCUAGGGGUUAUCUUGGAUAAUGCACUGCUCUGUGAGAAUGCUGAACAAGAGAGCAAGCGUAGCCAAGUUCUGCUAGAUCUGGCUCGCCUGCUGCAAGAAAGGCAUGAGUCCCGGGAGUCUCUCCUAAACAAAUUGGCCUCCACCAUCCUACCCAUCACCAGAGCCAAACUGUGCACUGUUUUUAUUAUUGAUAGUACUAAAAAGGACUCUUUUUCAUAUAUCAUUGACACUGAACAUAUGGGUCCUGAUGAAUACAAAACUUCAUGCAAAAGGGAAAGUGAUGUCAACAUGAUAUGCCAUGCAUAUGCUGUUAAUGUGAAAAACUCGCUGAAAGCAGUUAAUGUUGCCAACAUCUCCACAGAAGGCAGUGUCCCCACGCUUGACCAGAUGACAGAGGAGGCAGGUGCUGAUAUGAGGACUCUGGUGUGCACACCUGUCAGAAAUGGACGCGAGGGCAAGGUUAUAGGAGUGUGUCAGCUUGUCAACAAGCAGAAUGAGGAAGCCGGCAAGGCAGAGGCGUUUGGCCGAGCAGAUGAGCGCCUCUUGGAAGACUUUGCCUUGUACUGUGGUGUGAGCCUGCAGAACUUUGAAAUCCAGCAGAGGGCAGAGCAGACCAGAGCCAAGCAGGCAGUCACACGAGAGAUUUUGUCUUAUCACAUGUCUGCAUCAGAGGAGGAGAUUAUGGCCUUGCAGGAGUCCUCCAUCCCCCCGGCACAGAAUCUUUCCCUCCUGGACUUCCAUUUCAGUGAUUUCGGCCUGCCAGAUUCCGUCACCACACAGGCAACAGUGCGCAUGUUCAUAGACCUAAACCUGGUGCAGGACUUCGAUAUUGACUACAAGAGUCUGUGCCGCUGGGUGCUGAGUGUAAGGCGUGGCUACCGGCGGGAUGUGGCGUAUCACAACUGGAACCACGCCUUAAGCACUGCCCAGUGUAUGUUUGCCCUGCUGAAGGGAACGGGCCAUCUGCAGAGUCAUUUCUCCAGUCUGGAGAUUUUAGCUCUCAUGAUCGCCACCCUCUGCCAUGAUCUUGACCACAGAGGAGUCAACAACUCUUACAUAGCACGGAGUCAACAACCUCUAGCUCAGCUGUACGGCCAUUCAUCUUUAGAACAUCAUCACUAUGACGUGUGUGUCCUAAUCCUCAACAACCCAGGUAGUGAGAUUCUGAGUGGUUUGUCUCAGGAAAACUAUCAGCAGUGCCUGCAAAUGAUUGAGAAAAGCAUUUUGGCUACAGACCUUGCUCUCUAUAUGACAAAGAGAGAAGCGUUCUUCCAGAUGGCUGAGAAAGACAACAUCCGCUGGCAAGAUGAGGAUCACAGAGAACUGCUGAAGUCGAUGCUAAUGACGGCGAGUGAUAUCUGUGCUAUCACAAAGCCUUGGCCAGUUCAGAAGAAGACGGCCAGUCUUAUUGCCUCAGAGUUCUUUGCCCAAGGGGACCGUGAGAAAAAUGAAUUCAACAUAAGACCCAUUGAUGUGAUGAACCGAGAGAACAGCACUCGUUUCCCACACAUGCAGGUGGAGUACAUUAAUGGGAUCUGUGCACCUUUGUACAAGGCUCUUGCUAAAGUGUUUGACUCUUGCAACCCGCUACUUGAGGGCUGUAUAAACAACCGUGAAAACUGGGAGCGCCUUGCUGCGGGAGAAGAGGAUGAUGUGUUUGAGACUGAGGGUUAGAUAAAGAGAAAGGGGGAAGCAAGUAAAAUCAGGUGAGGAACAUAGUUCUACGCCAAUGAAACAUCAUCAACCUGUUUUAGAGUGAUUAAAUGAUCCAGGACCUCAGAUCAAGACAACUUGUGGAACCUUUAUGGGAAAUUAUAAACAGGAAAUUGGGAUAUUUUAAAACAGCAACCUCUAAUGGCAAUUUAUGAUAUGAUUGUGGAUAUGCUUGGUUUGUAAUUUUAUGUUCGUCAUAUAGAGGCACACUUAAACAGACCAAAUUAGAUAAACAAAUUUGAUAGACUGUGGCGAGAUUUCGUUUAAUUUUACUGCAGAUAUGUACAGUAUGUUAUAGAAAUGGUGUGUGCCUUACUUAGACUAUAUGACAUUCACACAGUAAUGCUGAUAAUGUGUCAGCUAUAGAGUCUAUUAGGACUAUACAUGUUCUCUCCAGAUCAUAAAGCUUGCAUGUGGUUUUUGCACUGAUAUAUUCCAAUGGCUGAAAGUUCUAUCCCAUGGGCAAAUAGACUUGUUUAUGGAAUUGUCUAAGGUUUUCUUAAACCUUAUGUCUAGGUGACCUAAAAGGGUGAAGCAUAUUUCAACACCUAUGCAAAAAUGUCUGAUCAAACCUAAAUGUACAAAACCAUAUACUAUACACAUACAGACACGAAUAGAAAAACACACGACAAUAAAUAGAAUAACUCCCAAUUAUUCCUAAUAAUUAUCAUACAUUUUCUUUAGAUGUUAUUAUUAUUAUUAUUUACCACGGACAUUUAUUGUUACUUUGCUUCUUUGCCCCGCUGCCCUUUCCCAGAAGGCCCUGUUCAGCUUUAGCCAGAGCUAACGCUCUCACUUUUUCUAAUUAGGCAGAACAGUUAUGUUACACUAUAUACUACUAUUGUAGUAAUCAGAACCUGAUUAGAUUUCCUGUCAGUUACUCUAUAUUAUAUGAUAUAAUAUUAGGGGAAUCCCAGUCGUUGUUUUAGAUAAAGAUUAUACAUAUUCUUACUACAGUUUAAUUCCUUUCAGGACUGUGCUUUUGUUCCUUGUCAUCUUUUGGGGUUUUGGUUAAUAAACUGGAGACAGACCAUAGAUAACAUCAGGUUUUGGUAGGAUGGUCCUCUUAUUGGGUCUAAAAUGGGCCAUAGCCUACACAACCAAACCAGACAACCAGACAUUUAAUGCAUGUCAAACAACGUCCAUACAGAAUGUCAUCUGUUCAUUUAAAUCUAUAGCAUUUUCUAGUUUCCAUUGUUUUGUAGCCCCAUUUGGAGCCUUCUUCAUGAGACUGAAGGUUCAGUAAGUUUCACUUUUAGAAAUCAGCUCAUUCAGAUUCACCUGCAAUCUGUUGCUGAAAAAAAACAGUAAUAUAUCUUCCUUGAUAUGUGCUUGAGGUUUGUGAUGAAAUAACAGGACAGUUGUAGUAUUGGAAAGUUUCGCAAAUGCACUGUAAAGUAUACUGUAAACAAAUAUUUAAAGUAUAGAGAAUGGGCAUACAUUUAGUAAAUACUUUUGUACAUAA